GAGACUACUUUUUACAUUUUUUGUGUCACACACAAGCUUGUCUUUGUUUCAUUUACUACUGUUUACUGUUCUUUACAGUAUUUUUUAUUAUGUAGAAACAUUUCAUUAUUUUGAAGGCAUCUUUGCUCUACAGCAUUUCUUUGCAUGUGCCUAAAACUUUUCCACAGUACUGUAUAUAAACGCUCUGCCUAGAAUGUUCUGACACUAGAAUUAGAAUUACAUGAUGAAAGAAUGUAUAAUAGAAUAACACCAGUUCCAUUGGAAAUGGAACUACAGAACUGUAAACGGCGCCCUAGUAUUCUGAAAUGAAUCAUUCCCUGCAAACCUUACAGAGAUCACAAGAGGUCUUCGCCGGAGCAGUUUUUGAGAAGGACGCUCACUCCACAGGUGUUGAUGAGGAGGAGCGUCAUGGCAGAAGGCCCAUUUGAGGCCAGGCAGGUGUACAAACUGCUGGAGUUGGUACGCCAGAAAAACAAAGAACAGAUAAAGAAGUUAGUGCAUUUUUCCGUCUCAGGUCUGAUCAACUGGACAGAACCGAUGCACGGGAACAGCGCACUGCACCUGGCCUCGAUGGCCAAUGAUCUGGAGAUGGCUCAGCACCUCCUGUCUCUGAAAGCUCAUCCUGAUAUCCAGAACAAAUUGGGACAGACUGCAAUGAUGCUCGCUGCACAGCACUGUCAUGACUGCAUGAUGGAGCUUUUGGCCAAUAAACGAGCCAACAUGAACCUAGUGGACAAACAGGGCAAAGGACUGCUGUUUUACUGCAUCGGCCUUACAGAAAGGCAUGCACGAUGCCUGGAGAUGGCGAUUAGCAUGCAUGCAGAUGUUAACAACGUCUCCUAUGCAGGGAAACCUGUGUUCCUGUUCGCCUGUGAACAGGCAGAGUGGUGUGAGAACCUCUGCAUGAGGCUUUUAGAGAGCGGAGCCGAUCCCAACGCCACUGAUCUGAUGACGGGGCGCACGGCUCUGAUGGCGGCAAUGAGAGCUGGAUCUGUUGCACUGGUGAGAAGGUUCCUGCAGAAAGGAGGAAACCCGAACACAGCUGACAGAAUGGGAGUGCACUCUGCUCACAUUGCAGCAGCCAAAGGCCUCUUAGAGGUGCUGAGGAUGUUGUCGGCGUACUCGGCUGAUUUCAACCUGAUGUCAGAGCUUGGAAACACGGCACUGCAUGAAGCUGCAGCUGAAGGCCACACUGAGUGCUGCAGGUUUCUAGUUCAGAGAGGAUGCAACCUGAUGUUGAGGAACAAGUUUGGUUUAAUUCCAAGUCAAAUCGCUAAAGCAAACCGCCACAAAGAUGCUCUGAGAGAACUGAAAAAAGCAGAGGAAGCUUUGAAGCCUGGACGAAGUAAAUCCCCUCAACUCUGGGCAAUCAGGCUGAACGAUUGGUCAUUUGAGCAUGAAGCAGUGCUGAGGAAGGUCUUCCAACCUGCUGUGAAGGGACAGUCUCGUGUGGAGACUGUUUCAAAACAGCAUUUUAUAUCCGUCCUGCAGGCGCUUCAUGCUCCUGUAAAUAAGAGCGAUCUGAAGAAUGUCUUCACAAGUCUUGACAAGGAGAGGAAGGACCUAAUUAAAAUCAGUGACUUCUUCGAAGGACUCGACUACCUGCAGGAAGAAUUUGUGCUCUCACAAAAAGUCACAUUCCCUCUGCCCGGUCUCAGUCGUGACCACCUGCCGGCUAACCAUAUUGAGGACCCUCUUUUGUACUUUGAUGAGCCGAAGGAAAUGCACAUCAACAUGAACCAACACGUGACAAGAGAUCACUUGGAGUCACUGAUGGUAGCGUUCAGUCGGAAUGUCCCAGUGGACAUUAGGGACUGUUUUUACAAAACGCCGCUCAUGACUGCCUGCAGAAGUGGAAAGAACCAGAUAGCUCGCUUCCUCAUCGCACUUGGGGCGGAUGUGAAUGCGUAUGACCAGUUUAAUCAGACUCCUCUACAUCAUGCGUGCUUCGCCGGACACGAGGCCAUCGUCGAACUUUUACUGCAGCAUGGUGCGGUAGUAGAUGCCAAGACCUCAGGUGGAGUAACACCACUAAUGAGGGCCAUCCAAAGCUGCAGAGUCAGCUGUGUGGAACAGCUCAUUAAUUUCCAUGCUAACAUCAACGCCACAAACAAUCGUGGACAAAACUGUAAGAUGCUCGCUCAGUUGUAUGGAAAUAAGAGAAUCUGUGAUUUGGUCAAAAAUGGGUUAGUGCAUGCAGUGACCAGCCAGGCACAUGGAUCACGAGGAAAAACGACAGCAGUACCUCCUGCAGCCAAGAGAAUUUCCAGUUUUCCAGCUGUUUUCGACAAAACCUUCAACUCCUGCAGAAGACCCAUCUUCAGUCAAUGUUUGUCUGAGGAGUCCAGAUUUAUCGUGCAGACCUUAUACUCAUCUGUCUACUCUUCAAUCAACUAUUUCCAUAAGUCUAAUCAAUUUCUUAAAUGAAUUAAUCCUAUUUGAAUUACAGUCUACAGUGUCAGGAUGUUUAUGUUCCUAAAUAAUUCUAUGAGACACUGGUGUGAGUUUCAAAUGUGAAGACAGUGAAAGCAGCUAGACCGUGUUUGCAACUGAAAGCCUGAGGUGUUUUAGGACUGCAAUUGCUAUGAACAGUUUUGCACUCAAGUCUACAUCAUUGAACAGAUGAUAACUUCAACACAAUAGACUUCAAGUUAAAACUAUAAUGAAUUCAGAAAUGAAUUCAGUGUGAUGCUCACAGUCAUAAGAUGCUCAUAAGGUCCUGUUUACACAAUUGUACUUUUUGACUAAAUAGCAUACAGUUAAAGAAGGAAAAUAAUUUAUAAUCGCACUAUCCAGUGUCAGAGACCCACUGCCAGGUUACAGAGUGGGCAGCCAGAACACCGAAAUUAACAUCUCUGAAAGUGGAAAAAGUGUUGGUGUUGGGCACAAUACUGCUGCAGGCCCAUUCAAUCAGUAAUCACAGUUUUGAUGUUUGCUGUGAAAAUUAACUGAAGCUCUUGACCUGCAUCUGCAUGAUUUUAUGCAUUGUGCUGCCACCACAUGACUGGCUCAUUGGAUAACUGUAUGUAUAAUCUGCAUUCCUAAAAAAGUGGACAGUGAGUAUAUGUUAUAUUACAGAAUAAUGUUUGAUAGAUAAUUGAAGAACAAUAGGCUAUUUAUGAUUGUCACUUUAUCCCACGUCUUGUUCCCUUUGUGUACCGUUCCAUACAGGACUGCUGUCUUACUGCAUUUCCUCUACAGAAAGGCACGUACGAUGCCUGCAGAUGGCGGGUAACAUGAAUGCAGAUGUUAACAACGUCUCAUCUGUGAACAGGCAGAGGAGCCUGAGAACCUCUGCAUGAGGCUUUUAGAGAGCAGAGCCGAUCCCAACGCCACUGAUCCGGUUUGUCUUCACAUCGUGUUAAUGCUUAACCUCUCCCAUUAAACCAGUUCCAUCAAAAGUCUAAUACAGGUGUAAACUCUACGUUCUGUCUCUUGAGGUGUAAAAAUGUUUGUUCAUUUUGGGAUGUUGCUGCCGAGGAGGCGCAUGGUGGCCAAGGGACUUAUGACCCUAGUGGGUAAGAGAGAAAAGGAGCAUUUGUGUUGUCUGUUUUUGUAUGCUUAUUAUUAUUAUUAUUAUUAUUAUUAUUACAUACAGUGAAUGUGCAUCUCAGUACCAUCAGUAGUAGUGCUGGAGUUAAGCUGAAGUGAAGUGCUGUUUUAGAGGCGGUUCUAAAAUCAGUAUACAGCAAAGCAACAUUACGUACUAAUUGGAUCAGAAUUUCAAAUCCUGUGCUGAAGAACAAAUAAAAAAUUAAUUUGUGUUUCUUCGCAUCCCUGUAAACAAUAGUAACAAUCCUGAUAAAAACAACUUCAUGCUCAGUGCUCCUCCAGAUGGCAGGUGUAUCCUUAUUUCCUAUCACCUGAGACAGUGCUCCCUCUGGUAAUGUAUGUUGUAUAACUAAUUAACUAGUACUCUUCAGCAAGGUGCUUGUAGCUAACCCAUGACGGUCAAGGAUAACAAAUGGGCAAAUGGACAUGAUCAUUAA